AUCCGGUAGUAGUCCGCCGCCGCCAGCAGCGAAGUUGGCAGCGAAGAAUUUAUUAUUGAUAAAUGUUUGUUCCUAGCGAGUGUCGCCGAAAUUAAAAGACUCCGUUGAGACUCCCGUCCGUGCCCCUCAUUCAGUCAAUCCCCAAACUCAGUCGACACCAUUCAACCGACGCUUUGCUGAAAGUAUAUAAUACAUAUCGUGCAUCGUGCUUUGGGUGUGACGGAUUUAUCUCGUGCGUUCUGUGCUGUGUUGUUGCGUAGUGUCUUCUCCGUGAGGCUCGUCCGCAUUUCCUGUGCGCGAGUGCGUCGUUAAAAUUGAAAUUGAUAUUAAAAUUGGAAACUAGGAAAUAAGGAGUAAGAAAAACCAGCGCCAUUGUACACUGCCGCAACUGCUGAAGGGAGCUCGCCAUUCUUCCAUUCAUUAUUGGAUUCCGAUCAUCAACCCAAGUCGCUAUGUAUCCAUCAACCAUUGCCACGUAGCUUUGAAACUAUCAGAGGAACAUCUUAAGUUUGACAUGAAUCGUCGAUAGCGCAGGAAGACACUGACCAGAGUUCACAAUAAAGAAUCCUCUGGAGUGAAAAGUUGAGGCGCGAUGCACAGAAAGCUAGUAAUGGAUGAAUGGGAGUAAGCACAGCCCCCAAAAGUUUGUGGAGCGGGCGCAGACGAGGACACAAGUCGGAGCCUCUGGAUGUCGUGGCGGCACCCUUGGCAGCGUCAGUGGCAGUGAUGGCCCCUGCUCUGACGGAAGGCGGUCCUCAAAAGCCUGAAAAUUUGCUUCCUUCCUUACCAGUCGGCGGAUUCCUCUCCCCCAAGCAGGCCUCGAAAAUCUGCCAGAACCGCGAGGUCCUGGCCAAAUUUGUCGUUUCCGCCAACGUCCAGCCUUCCAAGAUUGACGACCAGUUCCUCCUUGGCAUCUCUAAAAAUCUGAUUCGUGAUGUCAUCAACUCCAAGUACUCCAGUGGUCUCGAUAACUUGUCUGGUAUCGAUAAUUUGUCUGGGUUCGCGAACGGAUCUGACCUGAUCGCAGACAAGGACUUCGCCUUCGAAAAAGUGUUGGAAGACGAGCGGCCGGUCGUCCCGGACAAAGAGCCGCAGACGACCGACAUUAUAAUGAACGACCCAUCUAUGGGUGAUCAAGCGGAUAAUAUGUGUUUCCUGAAAUCAAGCGACGUCCCUUUGACUGACUCUGGAACUGCUAGCGACGAAAAGACCCUCGACGUUGAUCAAAUCAUGGGUUUCAGCGACGAGAAAAUCACGGACCCCAAUACUCCCGAGGUCGCGGAUAUUGGACAGAAUGUGGAGGACAUUUUGCAGGUGAUCAAGUCGAUGGAAGGUGCGGAGAGUGCGGAAGGCAUUGCGCUCAGCAGCGAACCAGCCCAAAGUGUCGCUGACAGUGUCGAGAUGUUUUCCGGCUCGGAGAUGUUUCCAUCUUUUGAGCAGAACUUGCUCAAUGAUGAGGACUUUGUUGGGCUUUGUACAGAGUAUGCGAAUCCCACCGAGGAUAUUGAACAGCUAAAGGUCCAGAAUUUAAAAUCACACGAGGAUCUUGUAGCGCAGAAUCAAUUUGAGAAUGAAAGGCGGUGUGCAUUUUUGUUGAGGAGACUCCGAAAGCUUCAGGCUAGACUUGUUGGAAGGCAUGUGGCUGAAGAGAAUACGGGAGUUCUUGAGGUGGCUCAUAAUGGCGUGAAGCAGUACUUUUUUCAAGAGUUGGCGGGAAUUGGGUCGAAAUCGGCGGCGAGGAGCAGUCCGGAAGUGAAUAGUAGUAUGAACAACUUUUUGGAGAAGAUUGAGAAGACUUGUGCGACGCAGAGCAGCAGUGUUAGUAGACAGCGUGCGUGUUGCCGGUAUUUUGGUGCCGGGUCGAGGGAUAAUUCGGGUGCAGGGGCUGGGAGUUCGAGCAGACAUCCUGCUUUUACUGCCUCGCAAAUUAAUAUCAAGGGGGAGGAAGUGGAGAAGGUGGCUGGGCCUCUGGCCGCGCAUUUGCACCUAGUGGAAUCCAAGCUGGAUUCGGACUGUACUUCUGCCGAUAGAGAUACUGGGAUAAAAAUGUUGUUGACUGUUGCACUAAUUAAAAAAAAAAGAUCGAAAAGGGCAGGUUGGCGAUAUGCUCAAGACCGUGCAAGCAUAGCAUCACGGUGGACCUGGUUACAAGCGCAAAUAUCGGAUCUGGAAUAUAGAAUUCGGCAGCACAAUGAUCUGCAACGUCAUAUCAGGGCGACGAAGGGCUUGGUUAUGCUCGACAAUGCCGAAACGGUAAAUGGGUACAGCGGUGUAUUGCCAGGAUCUACAGGAAGAUAUAAUACUCCGGAGGGUGAACCAUCAGCGAGUCGAACAAGGCCGUUCGUCCGGAGCAUCUAUAAAAAGAGGAAACUGAUGCACAUCGACAGGCUACAUGAAAUUUCCAAACGAGCAGCGAAAGCUUCUACCAUAAGGUGUGGUUGCGACCAUGUGCUGCCCUCAUGUGCCCUCUGCACCGGGAGGCUUGACCCAACGCAACCACAGGAACCACUUGAACAGCUUUCUGUCCAAGAGCGGGUGGCCUUAGUCGACCCUGGCUUCCAUCCGGUCUUAUCCUUCCCGGAUGAUGUCCUGCAAGGUACACAUUUGGAGGCCAUCAUGAAGUCGGUUGAUUGGCAGCAAAAAAUGUUAAGAGGAAAUGUUCGAAUGUCGAGAAUGAAGGAUAAGGAGACUGGUGAAAAGAGGAGUAAAAAAAUGGCCGAACACAGAACAAAAUAUACAUCACGAUUGAAGAAAUCUUCUUCGAGUAUUGUGACCUCAAACAUCGUUUCAGAAAUUAAGAAAAAAGUACUGAAAGGAAAGAGAAGUAGACUUAUCCACGACAGAGGUGUUCAUGGUAUUAGAAAGAGAGUUCCAAAGUUGCCGCCGCCAGUGGAAGAUGACGAGGAAGUUAGCGCACUAUCGAGUUCCAGUAAACAUUCAUCGCCAGUGCAUUCUCCCUUGCAGCACACUGCAGCCUCUUCGGAGCGAAUUCCUCCAGUCAAAGAAAAAACAUCCACUUCUCACGGUCGUUUGAGACAGAAUUCUUACGACAUCGACAAUAUCGUCAUACCUUAUAGCGUUGCCGCUUCUACAAGACUGGAAAAGUUACAAUACAAAGAGAUUUUAACACCAAAAUGGAGGCUGUGCGAUGACCCUGUGAAAGUUGAUAAAGUUGAUGUGAAGAAUGGUGUCAUGCACAGGCCUAGUCAAGAUAGCGAUUUCGAAGACAUGUCGGAUGAAUCGAUUGCUUUGAGACAUGGAAGAAGCGAGAAAGAAGAAUAUAAGCGCUUUAUGACAUUUGCUAACACACCAAAUCAGUCUAGAAUUCGACACAGUCGACGAACUGAUAGCAGAGCAGAUAGCGGUGCUAACACACCAGAUCCAAUGUCUCCUCACGCAAGUGAUUUUGGCGGCGAUACCACGUCCCCCAUUACAUCACCACCUGCAACGCCAUCGAAUGUUCAAGAUUUGGAGCAUCAGCAAAUGGAUUCAAGUCGACCUCCUCCUUUGCAACACGUCCUACGGCGACGAACGAUUUCGUCACUCAGGUUGCCAAGAGAAGACCGAGAAAAGGAGAAGGAUAAAGAGACUAUAGCGCCUGUCGUCGAAGAAGAAAAAGAGAAAGAGAUUCCACCAUACGAUCCGAGAACGUUUCCACUAUCAGAGGAGGUUUAUGAUAAAAUGUUGGAAGCCAUGCCAGAGGGACACUGGCAAACUCCUUCGGCUUCCGUAUGCUCGAGGGAAGAAGAUAAAGUGGAUGACGAAAUGGAACUUGAAUCGCCCGAGUCUGAUUCGACGGAAUCAGCGUAUUGCGAAGUAGAGGGGGAGGAUCCAAAUGAUCCCGAGUGGACGGUAGCAGACGACAGGGACACUGAAAAGGAAAGGAUACGUCCUACAGCUAAAAGAUAGGAAAAAAUCCCUUUCAAUUGCAGUAUAUUCGCAAGAUCGUUACUGUACGCGGAUGUUACCUGUCAAUUGUUAAAUAUACUUGUCGGUCAACUGACAUGCACCUUAUGUUAAUGGUUGCGAAUCUGUAAAGUGUAUUAUAAAUAUAAAUUUUAUAUCUUCAUUCUGCUUCUUAUAUUAAUGGGAACCUCAUUUGCGUGUAACUAAUUUGGCCAAAGCAUUAAAGGUAGAUGAGCGGUACACUUUUACUUACCAUUAUAGAAAAAAAAAGAAACAGUUCGCUUCUCUCGCCGUUAAGGAGUGUCAAAAAAGCACCUAUUCUUCUUCGAGCGCUAGAAUCUCACCCCAUUUUUUGUACAAAAAAAAAACAUGUAUUUAUAUUUUAGACAAUUCACUACUUAAAAUAAAAGUGCCAAUUGAAAUUUUUCUGUUACUUUUUUCUCUUCACUUUUUUAAAUUGUUUAUUCUUUAAUUGUACAAUGUACAUCGCCUUUGGCGCGGUAAGUAAUUUUUUUUAAAGAAUCAGUAAUCAGGAGGGUUAAUUGAGAUCCUUUGUUUCAUUGCGCUUCACAUGUACGUACGUAACACUCUAAGUGUAGACUGUAAGUGUAAGUUAUCUGAUCUACAGAUUCUCUUGUUUUAUCAAUUUUACAAGGUGUCCAUGUAAAUUUUAUGUAUUGCGCGAUACGCCGUUACUGCGUACUGGCAGUUUUUUUAUUAUCAAUGAAACUACAUUGUCAAGCUAUUCUCGUUGAUAAUUUCUUCUAAAUAUUAUAUUUUAUUAAGUUUUCAUUCUCGACAGUAUUAACACAAGGUGAUUAAAAAAUCUAAAAAAAAAUGUGUAGUACAUAACAAAAUUACACGCAAAACAUAUAAUUGUUGAAAAUUAUUGUACGCGAUAAGUCUGUAAAAAAAUAGCCCCAAGAGGAUUUUUGUAAUUGCGAGUUUGAUAGUCUGUCGCGAAUUCCACUGAAUUUGUUGAGGGAUGUUAUCGUUUGCAACACUAUACGAACAAGAGAACGAAAUUAUUCAAAGUGAUUGUAAGAGACGUAUCCACACGAGAAAUAUGUUCGUCGGUUUCAUUAAUAGUACACGAUUUUACCAAAGUUGUAAAAUUGUAAUGUUUGAAGCAUGUUACCUUCAACGUUCUGUGAUACUAUAUUUAACAAAAAAAGUCCUGAAUAAAGCAGAAAACGAAUUCACCAAGUA